AUGACCUCAUACCCCGACAAAUUCACGGGCUUCCAGGUCAAGAGCGCCGACACCUGGCAGGAAGUCCACAAACAGGAGUUCGACCCCAAGCCCUUUGGCGACUACGACGUCGACAUCAAGAUUGAGUGCUGCGGCGUCUGCUCCAGUGACAUUCAUACCGUCCGCGGCGACUGGGGGGCCCAGCCCUACCCUUUGGCGGUUGGUCAUGAGAUCGUCGGCAAGGCGAUCAAGGUCGGUCCCAAAGUCACCCUCGUCAAGGAAGGCGACCGUGUCGGCGUCGGCGCCCAGUCCUAUGCCUGCCUGAACUGCAGGCAGUGCAAGAACGACAACGAGACAUACUGCCGAGACCAGCUCGAUACCUAUGGCGCUACUUGGCCCGACUCGGGCGCCAUUUCGCAGGGCGGCUAUUCUUCUCAUGUCCGCACCCACCAGCACUGGGUGUUUCCGAUCCCCGACAGCCUUCCGAGCGAGAUCGCCGCCCCCAUGCUAUGCGCCGGCCUAACCGCCUACGCCCCCCUAGUACGCAACGGCGCCGGCCCAGGCAAGAAAGUAGGCGUUGUAGGAAUUGGCGGCAUCGGCCACUUCGGCAUCCUCUUCGCCAAAGCCCUCGGCGCCCAAGUAUGGGCCAUCUCGCGGUCGCGGUCCAAGGAGGCCGACGCGCUCCAGAUGGGCGCCGACGGCUUCAUCGCCACGGCAGAGGACCAGUGGAACGAGCCGCACCGGAUGACCUUCGACCUGAUCGUCAACACCGCCAGCUCGACCGAGGACUUCGACCUCUCCACCUACCUGACCCUGCUCGACGUCCACGGCAGGUGGGUGUCCGUCGGCCUCCCCGGCGGCGGCGGCUUCACUGUGCGCAACCAGGACUUCAUCCCCAACGGGUGCUUCAUCGGCAGCUCCCAUCUCGGCAGCCGCCGCGAGACGUUGGAAAUGCUGCAGCUUGCUGCCGACAAGAAGCUGUUUACCUGGGUUGAGAAGAUCCCCAUCAGUCCCGAGGGUCUCAAGAAGGCGUUCCAGGGUGUCGACGCUUCCAAGGUCCGCUAUCGGUACUGCAUGACCAACUACGAUGAUGCAUUUGGCGUGUAG